AUGACUAAUCCAGGAAAAGCUCGUCAUGUAUCAUCCAUUGCUGCCAGUUAUGCAACCAUUACAGCCCCACCGAUUGAUCUCUCAAUGCGUGAACUUCGUGAAUUCAGCGAAAUGAAGAUAGAAGAGAAUCAAAACGCUCAAGAAACGCAAAAACUCGUUAAAAAAUACGGAAAAGACAACGUCGUAAUUAAUUCCAUCAGACUCAAUAACAACAAAAUUUCUGGUUGGGUUAACUUUAUUACUUCUCUUCGUAGCAUGGUUGAAAUCACCCAAAUUCAAUGGCUCGACUUAUCAUUCAAUCAGCUACAAACAAUUGAGCCGACAAUUGGUAGAUUGAGAGGCUUAGUUAAACUUCAUUUACAUGCAAACAAAAUAUCCGAUAUUUUAGAUGUUAACAAGCUUGUUGAACUUGAAAAUCUCCGCGAUCUCACAUUACAUGGAAAUCCAAUAGAAGAUCGUGGAAGACUUAAAUAUAGAAAUUAUAUUAUCUCUGUUCUUCCAAACUUGAAUUCUUUAGACUUCACAUCUCUUACAUCGCGCGAUAAAGCUAUUGCAAGCUCAUUCUGUGCUAACAAAUCUCUCAAAAAGACGGUUUUCACAGAUGCAGAGCGCGCCGAGAAGAAACGUGAUCAAGAGAAAUAA